CAGGUUAAGCUCCGCAAAACGUUAAUGUUUUCAGUUAUUUAAAGGCGACAAUACGUGAUGGUUGUGUUUUCCCGGUGAAGAAUUAUUUGUAGUGUGUGCCGAUAAAAAAAAAAAAAAAAUACCGCAAGACAAAAAAACAAAAUCAUUGAAAAUAAACUUGAUUUGUUACGUGAUUGACGGUCUUUCUUAUGGAUUUGUUUACCUAUAGUGAAAUAGUGUGUUUUAGUUUUGGGAGUUAAACUGUAACAGUGAAUACAAAAAAGAAGACCGGAGUGAUAGCGGAAUAAACUAUUAUUUUGUCAUCAAAUAAUGUCGCAGCGCGACACUGUAAUACACCUUGUUGCCGGAGGAGCCGGUAAACAACAACAUACUAUACGUUGUUUGUGUUUUGAAGUGGCAGUAUGCCGACUCGACAGAGAGUAUACUACAGUCAGAGACUUCCUGAGCUAUAUUUAGAAGUAUAUAUACAUGCGAUGAAUUCUAGCCGGUUCGAUGUAAAAGUAGUGGCUGGAACAGUUGGUGCUAUUGCGACUUGUCCUCUUGAAGUUGUUAAAACACGAUUGCAAUCUUCUACCUCUGGUUUCUACCCCCCUGGAAACAAGGAAUUUAUUUCCGGUCAUGUCACAUGUAAAACCUUUCCAAAUCCGCCUCAAAGACGAUUAUGUACUGGUGAAAAUCCAAGGUACUCAAUGGUCUUGUCUCAUUAUGGAACAUCGGGCGGUACUCCACAUUCACAUACUCCGAAUUUUAUUCACUGUAUAAAAUAUAUCAUCGACAACGAAGGAUAUCGGGCCUUAUUUAAGGGAUUAGGACCAAAUCUCGUCGGUGUUGCGCCCUCAAGGGCGAUUUAUUUCUGCACAUAUUCACAAAGCAAGGGCUUCUUUAAUUCUUGUCUACCUCCUGACAGUCCAGUUGUUCACGUUUGUUCCGCAUCUUGUGCCGGUUUUGUGGCGUGUACAACGACGAACCCCAUUUGGUUUGUUAAAACGAGACUUCAACUAGAUCAUCAUUCAAAUCGAGCCAGUGCCCUAGAAUGUGUCCAGAGGAUAUAUCGAAAAUCGGGUUUCCUCGGCUUUUACAAGGGCAUCGUUGCGUCCUACUUUGGAAUUAGCGAGACAGUUGUUCAUUUCGUCAUCUACGAGGCUGUCAAAGCUUGGCUUCUGACUCACAGGUCAACGGUGACUGAAAACGACGAUUCAAAAUCGUCACGCGACUUUUUGGAAUUUAUGGCCGCUGGAGCUUUUUCAAAAACAGUCGCAUCCUGUAUCGCAUAUCCUCAUGAGGUGGCGAGGACAAGAUUACGAGAGGAGGGAACGAAAUAUCGUGGUUUUUGGCAAACUUUAAAUACAGUUUGCACAGAGGAGGGCGUACGGGGAUUAUAUCGUGGACUAUCGACACAAUUAAUAAGACAAAUACCAAAUACCGCCAUAAUGAUGUCAACAUAUGAGGCCGUUGUCUAUGUUCUUUCGCGACAUUUUCAACCAACGACCAAUGUACCUGGCACAACACAAUUUUAUACCGAAACCAAAACCAAACAAGAGCUUGCUUAGGAAUUGCUCACGGCUCGAGAAUAAAGAGCCGUGAUUUAUAAAUUAACUGAUUAUAAAUAUUCUACGAUCAAAAAUCAAUCGAAUAUUCCAAAAAAAUUCACGAAAUUUUUUUUUUUUUUCUUCUGAAAACUUUUAUAGCCUCCCAUAUUUUUUUUUUUACAAUUUCUUUAAUUUGCGAAUUAUUUUACAUAAAUUCUAUAUGAAAACUAAUUGAAUUAAUUAUUAAUUUUUUUUUGCUUUUAAUAAUUUUUGAAUUUUCAUAAUUUAACAAGCAAAUAAAUAAUUUUUUUUUUAAUUUUAUCAGAGACUUAAAAAUUUACACCAAGGAAAAUUUAUAAAGAAAUAUUAAAAUAUUCAAAAAUUUUUAGAACUAUAAUGGGAGUUCUUUUUUCUAUUCACAAAUUUUUUUUUCUCUUCACAAUUUUUUAAUAUUAUUGACUUUAAUUUUCCCAAUAAAUUUAAAUCAGUUGAUUUAAAAAUUCAGAAAGAUUAUUUCACAGUCAUUAGUUUAUAUUUAAAAAAAAAGAAUUAUUAUUAUUAUUUUUCUAGUUCGUAAAACGCCAAGUCGAUAUUGUGUAAAUAUAUUAUAAUACUAAUUAAAAGUCAGAAUCUACAAGUAGAUUCGUCGCACGUUUUCUAAAUAAUAAGGAGAUGUACAUAGUUCGUAUAUAAAAAAAAAAUUUGAAUUAAGUUAAGAGAGUAUUAUGCUUAUAAACUCCUUAUUUUACAUUUUAGAGGAUCGUUUCGCAAAUGUAAAUUAUACACUUUUUUUUUUGCAUCAAUCCUUAAACAAAUGAUAACAUUUUUUUAGUGUUAUUAAAAAAAAUUUCUCUUUUUUUUGCGUUAAUUCUUUUUUUAAUGGUCAAAUUCUUGAAAAUUUACGAUAAUUUUUACAAUUUAUCUAAAAAAUUAAUUUGUUUAUUAUGUAAUUACAUAAUAUUUAAAAAAUUCACUACAUGUGGAAAAUUAAUUUCCGCCUUCCUGUAUAAUUGCAUAAAAAAAAUAAUCUUUAAAACAAGAUAAAAUCUAUAGCAUUAUUGUAACUUUUAAUAUGAAUAAUAAGUAAAUUAACACACAAAAGCGAGACGAGUGAGCCUGUGAUUUUAGUUUAUUUUUGUCAUUAAUUUUAUGUGGUUUGUAAAUAAUUUUAUUCUCUAAUUGAAAAUCGUGAGAUACGAUUAAUUAAUUAGGGGAUAAAAAAGAAAUUCAAAGCAGAAAAUAUUGUAAAUAGUGUAUAAAUUGUAAUCUAAAAGAAUCAAAGUAAUUUUUAUGAUUGUAGUUGACUAUAUAUUGACGAAAGAAGAGGAAGAAAAAGAAAAAAAAAUGAUACUUUCGUCCAUAUGAAAAUUAAAAAAAAGAAACAAAAACAAAAAAUAUUACCGCGCUGCUUCUUAUUAGUGCAAAAUAGCGAAAUUUUCGAUUGAUAAAAGGAACAUAAGUGCGCAUGCGAGCGAGACUGAUUAAGAUUUUUUGAAAGACUGAAUAAAUUUUAUUGUACUUAGGCUC